AUGCCAAAUCAUGUGCUUCACGGCACAGCAUUUGCUGCAGAAACUAACACAUCUGUGGAAGCAUGUAAGUGCUACUGUAUGAGUGCGGAAAAUCGAUAUAGUAUCGAAUGCCGUAGUAUCGAGUACUACUUUAAUUCCAGGACAUGCCUAAUUAGUAAUUUGAGCAGGACGACAAAUCCAAAAAAUUUCAAUCAGUUCACUGCCUCUACAUUAAUGCAUAGCUAUUUCGAUAAAACUUGUUCCAUUCAAAAUAAUAAAUUCUCAAUUUACAUGAAAGAAAAAUGUUUAUCUGAAAUGGGUUUGAUACCAAAUGAUAAAAAUGAAAUUGACAACAAUGGAAAUGAUGCCUUACAUUCUGAUGAGGUAAAAAACAUUCAUGACAAUGGCAAUGGUAUUGAUUUAAUCGCCAGUAGUAUGAUCACGACAAUAAAUCCCAUUCACUCCAUACAUUAUGCUACUCGUCGUUCAGGUUACCAUGACCUUUCGGAAGAGAUCGGAGAAGAAAACGUGGAAAAGAAAUCAAGAGAAAUUGGCGAUUUGCAAGGUCUUAAUCUGGCGGCAAUGUUUAUGACAACCACAAUUUCAACAGGUGAUUUUACAAUUGCUGCCGAUUUGUUUCCGGAACUCAGUGAUGCGAGUGCUAUUCUUGGUUUGUUUCUCAUUCCUGCGCUGAAUUUUCUUCAGAUGACGUAUUCCACUAAUUAA